UUACUAUAAAUGUGCAAAAUCCAAGGAGUUCUUUUGUGAUGGAACUGCUAGGAAAAACGUUGAUGGUACAUUUUCCGAGUUAAAACCACAUUCAAGAGUACACAUUGCUAAUAGAGACGAUGAAUCAAAUCUGAUUGUAUUAUUUAGAGAUGCAUUGAAGGAACGAUCUAAAAAUGAAAACAUCUCAUUGAAACUAAUUUAUGAUGAUGAAGCACAAAGACACAGAGUUGCUGCAGGUCUUUAUCCCUGGUCAACUGCAGAAAGUAUAAUGCGCUCUGUUAGGAGAUCUUCCCUACCAGCUCUGCCUCAAUCGUUGCAUGAGUUAGCUGUAAAAUUCGAUAAUGGAGAUUUAUCAAGAUAUAUGUGUUGCAACAAUUCCAUAUUUAGUGGAUCAGUUAGAGAUUCUGAUGGUAAAUACAGUGUUAUAUUAGCAUGUACACACUUAAUUAAUUUAGUUCUGUCACAUGGCAUAACCGAGGUCCAUGCGGAUGCUACAUUUAAAGUAGUACCUGCUAAUAUGGGCAAUCAACUGCUGAGUAUUCAUUUUAUGAUGGAUAAUGUAUCGAUACCAAUAGCCUAUGCGCUAAUGGAAACAAAAUCGAGAAACUCRUAUCAAUGCGUGAUGGAUUAUAUGAAGAACAAUUUAUUUCCCAACUUAUCGCCGUCAUUGAWAAUGACUGAUUUUGAACCAGCACUUAGAGAUGCAUUAUCUUCUAGUGUAGGUGUUGAAGGGACACGUGUCUUAGGGUGUUGGUUCCAUCAUAAUCAGGUCAGUAUAUCUAAUGUUGAUUAG